UUCUUUUAUUUUUUUCAGUGGGUCUAAUUUUGUAAGGCGGCCAUAGUCCGCCAGAGGGUGCCGUUUCCCCUUUUGAUUCUCUUGCAAGCGGGCGGGCGACGAUGAGGAGGAAGCGGAAGCAGGAAUGCGGGACGUGAGUGGCAGUGGCGGCGCAGACGUCAAACUGGAGACGUGAGGAGGAGCAGGAGGAGGACGACUCUUGUCAACUUUUGACACUUUUCUUCACACUUGCGACGUGACGUGACGCGAAGCGCGGCGAGACGAGGCACAACAUGAAGAAGGUGUUAUAGCAGACGAUGGAAAGUCCCGUCGUUCUCCCGGACCGGGCCCCGCCUCCAGACGGCGCCGUGCCCAAGCCCAUCCUGGCGUCCGUGCGCCGGUUGGCCUGGGCCAAGAGCAGGGACUCCACCUGGCAGGAGACGCAGAAAUCCAACGGCGACGCCGAGAGGACCUCUGACGAAGCAGGUGAACCAGGUGUCUUAGACAUAAAUGGAGGACUUUCUCCCGUCACCAACUGGCUCGACCAAUGCAGGACGCCGCUGACCGCAUCGCUGGACGAUCAGAGCGCCAACGCGGCCACGGCCAAAGCCGGGGCGCCCAGGAACGGCUGCAGCUUCGAAGAUGACCUUUCUCUGGGAGCUGAAGCGGACCACCUUCAGUCCGGCAACAAGAAGACUUCAUCCUGCGGCGGUCUGGCCGCCGAUCAGAAAAGGAGCCAGUACAAGGAGAAAGGACGAAGCAUGAACUCCACCGGAUCCGGAAAGAGCAGCAACGUGUCCAGGUGCGUCUCCGUCGGCUCGGCUCGGCUCGGUGCGUCGGUCCGGCGUCCCGCGAGCUCACGGGCGUCCCUCGACAGCGUGUCGGAGCUCCUGGACCUUUACGAGGAAGACCCCGAGGAGAUCCUCCUCAAUCUGGGUUUCGGGAGGGACGAGCCCGACAUGUCGUCCAGGAUCCCGGCCCGCUUCUUCAAUGGCUCGUCGGCGGCGCGCGGCAUCGACAUCAAGGUGUACCUGGGAGCUCAGCUUCAGCGCAUGGAAGUGGAGAACCCCAACUACGCUCUGACAAGUCGCUUCCGACAGAUCGAGGUGUUGACGACGGUGGCCAAUCAGUUCAUCCAGCUUUACGGUCACGUCUCCGGUCAGCCCGUCCAGAGCGUCAACGGCAGCAAGGAUCAAGGCGGAGAAGGAGAGGUCAUCAAAGACCAGUCGGCGCCGCCGUCGCUUUUUCAGAGGAAAAACUCUGCUCAGAACGUGGCCGACCGUCUGAGGAAGAGGCUGAGCAAGAACAACCUACUAUCGGCGGCGUCCCAAGCCGCCGCGUCCGCCGCCGAGUCGGCCCCGCCCGCCCCCCUUGACGGGCGGGACGCCGUCGACAACCAGCACGCCGAGAAGAACGUCCGCAAGAAAGACGGACGCUCUCUGGAGACCGUCACCGAGGAGGGGGAACAACGCCCGAGCGUCCCCCCUGUUCAAAAUGGCCACAGGUCUGCCCCGGAGGUGGUCCCGCCCCCUCUGGCCCCGCCCCUUCUUGCCCAGCUGCGUACGGUGACUGCGGCUGACUCUUUUGAUAUGGAGGAGAUUCAGAGCAACGAGGACGACGCUCUCCUGUCCAGAACGUCCCGAAGCUCAGAUCUACUGAGGACGGCCAGCCAGCAGUCAGACAGCAGCGGCUUUGCCGAGGAGACGUCGUCCGCCGACGCCGCCAACCUCAAGGUUCAGGUGAGCAGCGACAGCUGUGACAGCGAAACCACAGUCACUUCACACCCCUCUCAGGACGCGGCUACGCCAGUCGCCCUGGACCGACCGUCGUUCAACUUGCCGGACGCCCGGGCCGAUGUCUCGGACACCGUUUCGGGGGCCGAUGAGUCGGAACCCGCUUCCGGGGCCGAGGAGUCUCCACCGGUCGGUGGAGACGAGAAGUCGGAACUCUCUUCUUGCGAGGUCGAGAACUCUGAACCCGUUUGCGGUUCCGAGGAUUCUGAACCGACUUCUGGGGCUCGGGGGUCGGAACCCGCCUCUGGCGCCGACAAAUCGGAACGGGCUCGCAAAGUCGAGAGUUCGGAACCGACCGACUCGGAGGUGGCUUCUCGCGUACCCAAGGAGUCCCCUCAAGAACCAGACGGUAGUGUCAAGGAGUCCAACCUGAUUUCUGUGGCCCAGGAGUCAAAACCCGCUUCUGGGACCGAGGAGUCAGAACCCGCCACUGGCGUCGAGCAAUCGGAACCGACUCGCAGUGCCGAGAGUACUGAACAGACUCGCGAGGCAGAGGAUUCGGAGGCGGCUUCUCGUGUGCCCACAGAGUCACAGCAGGAAUCGGCUCGCGGGGACAAGGUGUCUGCACCGAUUUCUGAGGCCGAGGAGUCGGGACAAGCUUCUUCGCUGGAUUGGGAAACGGGCGAGGAAGGCCAUAUUUCCCAGCUGGUGCCGCAGUACAAGGCCCACCAGCUUCCCAAGAACAUUGCGCCAGAAGAACGAGGGCCGAGCGGCGAUGGGGCACAACCUCGGGAAUUCCCGGAAGAGACUCCGCACGACACCUGUGAUGAUCCGCCCCCGUCGGUUCCGUCGCCUUUCCGUCUCCCUGCCAUGGACUCCCCCGUCCUAAGUGCCCUGAAUCGCGUCAAGCAGCGUUUGGGCGACGCGGUCCCGCAUCCCAGCAGAAGGCGUCAUCGAAGCGGCCUUCCCUUACAGAGAUCGUCGUCCCUGCCGUCUUCACUGCUGUUCCCAAGCAAGGUGGUGUCCACUGUCAAAAUCCAGUUAGGCGGGGGCCGGGCGUAUUUCGGCCAACCCCGCUACUCCUUCCGCUAUGUCCAGGAGCCCGACGCUGACCCUGACACCGUCAACCCGUGCUCCUUCGUCUCUGCCCAUGUCGUGGAGAAGUCGUCUGAUUCUCGCGAACGGGACGGCUCCCCCCAUCCCACGGUGCGCUCGUCAGGCUCUCUGAGGUGUGCCAGCCCCCCUGCCGAUUGGCCCUGGAUCACACAGAGCGUCCCCGAUCUCUCUUUCGACCAGCAGCGGUUUGGACACUAUCAGAGGGGUGGCACCCCUGAUCCGGGACCGGAUAUCUUCCACUACCCCUGUCCCAGCCCCAGACCGGAGACCCCUAUGUCCGCUCCCCACGUCAACCCACCCCCCCUUUACCCCGCUCAUCUUCAUCCCUACGCCAGUCUCCCCAACCUCGUCCACCCGUACGUGUCCUUCCACCAGCCCCCCGCGACUACGCCCCCCCACUACGCCAGCCUGUGGAGCCUCCCUUCUGGAACUCACGGGCCCCGCUACCACGCCGGCAACUACCACACGGCUUACCAUUCCGUUCCCCACAGUCCGUCUUAUCCGGGUUAUCCCGUUUAUGACCCCGGCCCCUUCCCCCCUUUGGCACCGGACCACGUUGCGCACCGGGGCGGCGCCCCGCCGGCUCCGGGCUUCCUUUCGGGCCUCGGCCAAAGUCCCGGCCCUCGCCGCGGCCUCGGGCACGGCCCUCAUGUGAGUUCAAAUCUGGGUCAGAGCCCCCACCCGGGUGUCGGCCAGGGUUACGGCCCCUACGCCAGUGUCGGCGGUCACGUUCACGGCCCCUACUUGGGGUUCGGCCCAGGUCAUAGCCCUUACUCUGGUCCCGGCUGUUGUCCCGGCUCCCACUCGGGCUUUGGCCAAAGUUCCGGUCAGUUGCUGUCUGAUACCGAGAUGCAGCUGAGGAGGGUUCUGCAUGACAUCAGAGGAACCGUUCAAAGUCUCAACCAGCAACUUAGCGACGUCUCAAGCGCGUCCCCCGAAGCUUCCUCUCAACAGGCCUUUGCGGAACUUCGGCAGAAGCGACACAGUUUGAGCGUCUUCCGAGCGCAGAUGAGCCACCUGGAGACGUCUGUCGGACGCCAGCAAGCGCUGGUCUACAAACACCUGAGCCCCGCCGACAGGCUGGAAGUGGAGCAGCUGGAGUCUCUGCGCUCGGCUGUCAAAGAAGAACUUCUGGAGUUGGAGCAACAGCUGGAGGAGAAACUUCUGGACAUCAUGACGCCACGCAAGGUUGCCAGCAUGGAUAACGUGUCCGCCAACUCAGCACUAAGAGCCAUGGAACCGGUGUCCGAGCUCCUGAGGGAGCAGCUGCUCCUCCGCUCGGAGCUGAGCUACGACGAGCGCCCCGGGAGCCCGGCGACGCCGACCCGACCCGCCGUGUACCGGGCGUCCGUCAACAUCACCCCGGCGCCGCCCCCUCGCGGCGACGGCCGGAGGGACCGACCAGAGGAAGAGGAGAAGGCGGAGUCGGCGGGCGACGAGGAGGAGGCGCUCGCUGCGGACCACCUGCAGCAGCUCAUCACAGAGAUCCGUGAGAACGUCACGCAGGAAGUGCGGCAGGAGAUCUUGAAGGAGCUAAUGGUGACCACGGGGCCUUCCCGCCCCUAAGCCGCGUUUGGAACACUGUCAGAGAGCAACACUGAAUGUCGACUACACUGCCGCGGGAGACCGCAAACCCGAGGAAGGGAAGCUUUUUUUUUUUUUUCCAGCACAAAACAUGCUAACAGCUUUUUAACACGACUACUGUGCCAGAACCGAGGAACGCCACUCGUUAGCGAGUAGCGCAAAGAGGAUUAGAAGCUUAAAGUACUUCGGCAAUACUUUGGUUUUAUUUUUAAACUCAUUACAAGAUCACGUAACAACACAAAGUGUGUCAUACGGUGCGUCGUAACAUUUACGCGAAUAAUAUCUUUGUGCGCUAAAGUAGCAUUAGCUCUUUAGCAUUAUUUGUUAGCGUGUUGUUCACCAGCAUCACGGCGCGCCAAGACAUUUUAUCGUGUUAGCGUUACAUUAAAUUCGCAAUAAAUUUUUUUUAACUCAUUGUCUGACGUUGACGGUUAGUGAUUAAAUCAUCGCCCUGACCAACAUGGCCGCCCUGAGGCGUUUCCAUCAAAGUCAAUGGAUUGGAUUGACAUUCAAAUGAUAACAAGGUUAUUUCUUUACCGAUUUUUGAAAGAUUUGAUCAUUGUCAAGGCAUCUGCUAUUACUGACGGCGCUAGACGUCCAAUCCUACUUCAAAUGGAUUGGACGUCUACUAGUUAAAAACCCAUUUCAAUUCUAAGCAGGAGGAUGAUUAACGCCACACGAUUGGACCGUUAUCAUUGUCGUCAAGUUGCACUAGCUCUUUAGCAUUAGCUGUUAGCGACCUAAGCUGUGAUGAAACUGUAAGAGUCGUGUCCAUCCGCUCGUUCGACCCAUCAACGAUAAAUUUCACUUUUAUGAUCCUGCGUCACGUCCUGAUGACAUCACACCACUUUGUUUCAUAAUUGUCAAUUGUUCUAAUCACACCAAAUUUGCUUUUAGCGAGCGCUUGCGUGUGUAGCGCGUUUUGUCAAUGCAGGGGGGGCUCACUUGCUAGGAAUGAGAAAUUAAUAAAGAUGUAUUUAUUUUCAUUAGAACUGACUCAUGU